AUGCAAGUCGGAACACAGGUUGAUGUGGAAAAGCUCUUUCAUCACAUUCCCGUUCGCAAGCAGCUUUUUCUCAAAACAGCAGCACAUAUAUGCAAAAAAAUGCGUGAUCUUGUUAUUGGAUUCGCAUUAUUACUUCCCCACAUUCGAAUAUCACUGAAAUUUGAAGAAAGUACUGGGUUUGGUGCUGACGAUUCGUUUAAAAAUAUUACAAAGUCAUCUUUAGCAACUACCAUGGAUGCGAUCCGUACUCUUUUUGGAAAUUCAAUUACAAAAUGCCUAGCAAGAUGUUGUCAUGAAGAAGCAAUACCAGCCGACACAGUGGAUGGGCCCAUUACACAGAAAACAAUCAAUAUUGAAGCUAUUCUUCCUAGACAGGAUAUGGGUAAAUAA